AUGCGUAUCCAUAGAACAACAAGUGUUAGAAUCACAGAAAGAUUGCAACGGGAUAAAAGGUCAGACGACAAAAAUACGCACCAUGCGGAACUUCCGGUUGAAUUUGACCUGGACCUUAAAGUCUCUGGGUCAAAUGUCACGCUUCAUCUCCAUAGAAACGACAACAUACCACCAGCAGUGCCGAUUUUUUUGAAGAAAAAUGGAAAUAUUUUCAAACUUAACCUUCCUGCCAAAAAGAAAACGGCGCUAUAUUUGGAUAAAAGCCACGGAGCAAGUGUAGAGUACGAAUGCUUCCCCGGGAUGGGGUCUACACAACCAGGGUCAUGCAGACAUCUUGUGAGAGGAAAUUUUCAGUUAGACAAUCGAACGUACUUGCUCGAACCGGACGUCAGUAGUGGAUUGACGUUACAUAACCAUGACGACACUGAUGACGUUAUUCACGUCAUCUACGAGAUUCAGGAAGAACAUGACUUCAAAACCGACUACAUUGUGACUGAGCACGAGAAAUCAGAGUCACACGUUUUGCACGCCACGAGUACGAAAGGUUACACUCCACAAAAAACUAGACGGCGGAAAAGGUCUAUCAUCAACAAAGUGGAGUUUUUACCCGUGUUGGAUUAUCCAAUCUACAAAUUCUGGUAUGACCGCAGUAACGCUACCACUGCCGCCACCAGGGACGUGGACGCUAUCGAGAACAUCCGGGAAUUUUACGCCUUCGUACUGAACUCGAUAGAUCUACGAUAUCAGUCGAUUGUGAGCACCACCAUUGCUAUACAAGUCGUGUUCGCAGGCAUAUUUAUCGCCGAUACCCCGAGUGCCUCCACUUGGACAGAAAACUACAAGGUUUCGGCGACACCACGUGACAAAGUGGAUGCCAGCGUCGCCUUGACGGCCUUCAAACAAUGGCUUGCGUUGCAAACGUCACUUCCGGCAUACGAUCACGCUAUGGCGUUUACCGGAUAUGAUCUAGUUCGCAACGGAUCCUCCUCAAUUGCAGGUCUUGCCUGGACCCCCGGGGCCUGUAACCACGCCAUCCCCUACGCCAACAGUAUCUCGCAGGACCAUUUUGAUGCCGGCCUGGCUACUACAGCAGCUCACGAAUUGGGACACAAUCUUGGAUCCAAGCAUGAUGGCGAGGAUAACGUGUGUUCAGCAGACGACAAGUACGUCAUGUCUCCUAGCACCGGUGGCGUGACGGAUGCGCGCGCAAUCAACCACUUUAAGUUCUCCACGUGCUCAGUGACCCAGAUAGAGAGCUAUAUUGCGACGUUGGACAGCCCUUGACCUCUAUGACGGUUUGGAGGCGGGGCUUCUAUACAGCGGCGGAUGUCCAGUGCGAGGCGAAUGUGGGCCCAGGGUCAUACUUUUGUAGG